UGGAGCGCUCCCCGCGCAGUCCGCGCGCCCCCCCAGCGAGCGGGCCCGGGCUGUCCGCUUCUCCGGCGGGCUGGGGAGCCAGGGCGCCGCUCGCUCCCUCUCCGAGCACGUGAUCAGAAGAGCUAUUUAAAGAGGCAGCGUGCGGGCAGGUCGGAGAGCAGGUUCGCCUCCGCCCAGCGCCGAGCCGCCGCUUGCACGGCCCGGGGCUCGCCAUGGCUGAAGCUUUCGUCGGCACCUGGAAGCUGAUGAGCAGCUGUCAUUUCGAUGAUUACAUGAAAGCGAUUGGCGUGGGCUUUGGCAUGAGACAGAUUGCAAACGUGAUCUCGCCCACCACCAUCAUCGAGCUGGAGGGCGACAAAGUCACCUUGAAGACCCAGAGCACCUUCAAGAACACAGAGAUCAGCUUCAAACUGGGGGAGGAGUUCGAUGAGACAACUGCAGAUAACAGACAUGUCAAGUCUCUUGUGACACUAGAUGGAGGAAAACUUAUCCAUGUGCAGAAAUGGGAUGGAAAGGAGACGACAUUAGUCCGAGAACUAGAGGAUGGGAAGUUAAUUCUGACUCUCACCAUGGACGCUAUUAUCUGCACUCGCACCUAUGAAAAGGCAACAUAGACGCCAGCUCUCUGCUGAUCACCUGGUGCUGAACUCACUGAAUUGCCUAUUCCCCCUCCCCCCCAAUUUGUAUUCAACUGAAUAUUUGAGCAUGGAGCCAGUGCUGGUGAGCCCUCCCCUUCUGCCCGUGACUCUGCUUUCUGUGGUACUGUGUUUUUGUUUAAUCUUGUAAAACCCCAUGCGGAAAAUAAUAAACCAAAGUUGUUACA